CAUCUGUCCAUAAAAGCAGACCCAUCCCCUACGCAACGCAAAAAUCUAAAACCUUUACUCUCAGAUUCAAAGCUAGAGGGAAUAACAUAAGAGAGCUUUCUCGCUUCUUGCUACAGCAAUGGCGUCUGGGGGUUCGAUUUGGUUUCGCAUAUUCGUUCUGUCUUUAAUUGCAGCGAUCUCAGCUGGGGAGAGUGAAGAGAAGGAAAAGGAGUUCGUUUUGACCCUGGAUCACUCCAAUUUCACUGAUAUUGUUAGCAAGCACGAUUUCAUCGUCGUCGAAUUCUACGCUCCUUGGUGUGGUCACUGCAAAAAGCUUGCUCCUGAGUAUGAGAAAGCUGCAUCCAUAUUGCAUGGUCAUGACCCCCCAGUUGUUCUGGCCAAGAUUGAUGCCAAUGAAGAGGCGAACAAAGAUCUUGCAACCCAAUAUGAUAUUAAGGGAUUUCCAACUCUUAAAAUUUUGAGAAAUGGAGGGAAGACAAUUCAAGAGUAUAAAGGCCCUCGUGAAGCCGAUGGCAUUGUUGAGUAUUUGAAGAAACAAAGUGGCCCUUCUUCUGUUGAAAUAAAAUCAACAGAAGAUGCUAGCAGUUUUGUUGGCGAUAAGAAGAUAGUUAUUGUUGGGGUGUUCCCUAAGUUCUCUGGACAGGAGUUCGAGAACUUUUUGGCUGUUGCAGAUAAAUUGCGCUCUGACUAUGAGUUCGGUCAUACCUUGGAUGCUAAACACCUCCCUCGUGGGGAAUCAUCUGUGACAGGGCCCCUUAUUAGGCUGUUCAAGCCUUUUGAUGAACUCUUUGUUGAUUUUAGGGACUUUAAUGUGGAUGCCCUAGAGAAGUUUGUAGAAGAAUCUAGCAUGCCCAUUGUGACUCUCUUUAACAGUGACGCCAGCAAUCAUCCUUAUGUUAUCAAAUUUUUCAAUAGUCCUGAUGCUAAGGCAAUGUUGUUUACAAACUUAAGUAGUGAAGAUGCAGAUUCUUUCAAAACUAAAUAUCAUGAAGCUGCCCUGCAAUUUAAAGGACAAGGCUUAAUCUUUUUAUUGGGAGAUUUGGAGGCUAGUCAAGGUGCCUUCCAGUAUUUUGGACUCAAAGAGGAUCAAGUGCCUCUCAUCAUCAUACAAACUAAUGAUGGACAGAAAUACCUGAAGCAAAACUUGGAGCCUGAUCAUAUUACUCCUUGGGUGACGGAAUACAAGGAAGGCAAGGUGCUGCCAUACAAGAAAUCUGAACCUGUCCCUGAAGUGAACAAUGAGCCUGUGAAAGUAGUGGUUGCUGAUAGUCUCCAGGACAUAGUUAUCAACUCUGGAAAAAAUGUUCUUCUAGAGUUUUAUGCUCCCUGGUGUGGACACUGCAAAAAAUUGGCUCCAAUCUUGGAUGAAGUUGCCAUUUCAUACCAGAGUGAUCCUGAUGUUGUUAUUGCAAAGCUUGAUGCAACUGCAAAUGAUAUCCCAAACGAUACUUUCGACGUUAAGGGAUACCCCACUGUGUACUUCAGGUCAGCAAGUGGACAGUUGGUGCAAUAUGAAGGGGAUAGGACCAAAGAAGAUAUCAUUGAUUUCAUUGAAAAGAAUCGGGACAAGGAUGAAGUUGCCCACGAAGAUAAAGAUAAAGUUGCCCAAGAAGAACCGGCUAAGGUGAAGGAUGAGCUCUAAAUCUUGUAUCAAUUUUGGGCUUAGUGUACUAAAAGUUACGUCAGAAUAAUCAAAUUAUUUAGUUUUCUUAGACCCUUUGUGGUUAGGGGCCAAAAAAGAAGGUAAUCUUGCAAGUUA